GUGUUUGUCAUUCUGUGACUUUUGUUGGCCCCGUUCCAGAAUCACGUCAUCGAUUUUUCAUGGCCUGACAGUCGACCGCAUAUACUUUCCAUCUCUGAGGCAGAAAUCCUUGUCUGCUGUUUUCUAGUUUAAAUCAAUUCCAGUUUAGUGCUAGUGGGUCGGAACUCAACGGACCAAAGAUGGCUAUGUGGGAAAUUCACGACGAUAUGAAUUUUUACAUCACGGCCGAUAAAUUCUACGUCGAGCCAAAUGGGAAAAGUGAAGUGCUGAUAAUCGAUCGGAUCAGUCGUGAAUCGUCGCUGCAAGUGAAAACUAAUCAACUUCCCCAGGGAAUCCAAAUUCGGAAGAUAUGUGGCAUUCUGGGCGUGAUAAAACUGAUCAGCGGCUUUCACCUGGUCGUGGUCACCCAUCGAAUAUUCGUAGGCAUUAUCAAUGGGCAGGUUAUCUGGCGACUGGCCGGAUUCGAUAUCAUUCCAUUCGUGCCCUCGUUGACACAUUUGAGCGAUACUCAAAAAGUCCAAAACAGCGUCUAUCUGGCCAUGAUUCGCCAGGUUCUGGACACUCCGUACUACUAUUUUUCGUACACCUAUGAUAUUACUCACACGCUGCAACGAUUACACUCAAUGCCGCCCGACUUUAUGCAAACCGGUCUGUACGAGCGAGCUGAUUCACGGUUCGUUUGGAACGGAUAUCUGCUGAAACAUUUUCAUCGGCCAGAGCUGAGACAGUACUGUUUGCCGGUUGUUUUGGGUUUUGUCUCCAUCAACGACGUCGUAGUCAACGCUCACAACUUCCAGUGGAUCAUAAUCUCCCGACGUUCCGUGCACCGUGCCGGCACUCGUCUGUUCUGUCGAGGAAUCGAUCAAACGGGAAACGUUGCGAAUUACGUCGAAACGGAACAGAUAAUCGACGUCCGUGGAGAUAAAAUCUCCUUCGUACAAACGCGGGGAAGCAUUCCGCUCUACUGGCGACAGACUCCAAAUCUGAAGUACAAACCACCACCGGAGCUGGUAGCCGGACGGGAUCAUUUGAUUGCCUGUUCCAAGCACCUUGACACCCAGCUGAUCCAUUACGGUCGCCAGGUACUGGUGAAUUUGAUUGAUCAUCGCGGUGCAGAGGAUGUGCUGGAGAAAGCUUUCGCUACAACGAUUUCCACCCUGGGCAAUCCGAACGUGCGGUACGAGUCGUAUGAUUUUCAUGCCGAAUGUCGGAAAAUGCGGUACGAUCGACUGCACAAUUUGAUUGCUCGUUUGGCACACGAACAGGAUGAGUUUGGGAUGUUUCACUUGAGACGAGACGGUACGCUGCUGUCAUCCCAGGAUGGUGUCUUUCGUACGAACUGUAUCGAUUGUUUGGACCGGACGAAUGUCGUUCAGAGUAUGCUGGCUAAGCGCAGCUUGGAGCAGAGUCUUAUGCGACUCGGAGUGCUAACCAGUGGUCAGAGAAUUGAUUCGAACUCAACUUUUGAGUGGUUAUUCAAGGGGAUUUGGGCUGAUAAUGCGGAUAUGGUCUCCACUCAGUACAGCGGGACGGGAGCGUUGAAGACGGAUUUUACUCGCACGGGAAAGCGAACUAAAAUGGGUCUGCUCCGGGAUGGAAUAAAUUCAUUAACGCGGUACUAUAAAAAUAAUUUCAACGACGGUGUGCGUCAGGAUGCGAUCGAACUGUUCCUCGGCAAUUAUGUCGUUCAGGACGGAGAGGGUCUAACCGUUCAGUGUCCGCUUGUGAUCCAGAAGGGUUGGAAAUAUGGAACAUUCCCAGUGGUACUGCUAUUCGCAUUUGCCAUGUUCUUUGCCUCCACGGUGUAUCCGCAGGAGUACAACACGGAAAACCUGCUCUUUAUACUAUUCUGGGGCUCGAUGGUUGGUGCAACCGGUGUCGGUAUACUAAAGUAUGGCGUAGAAUUCGUGGACUGGCCGAAACUGGUGCCGGCAGUACGCUCCAAACUGGAUGCCUGACGGUACUAGGACCGGGGAAGGUCGAAGAAAUCAGACGUUUGUUUUUUUUAUGUUCUGUAUAUAAAUGGUUAGGUUUAUAUCCAGCUUAGUGCUGAUAGGUCCUAAAAAUACACGCAUACGUACACUUCCGUUCUUUGAAGUAAGGGUCAGGAACAGUGUUUUAAAGAAAUUGAAAGCUGUAGGCUGCUUUGGUAGAUAUUUUAAAUUUUGUUCGAAUAAAUACUGACAAAUGAA